AAUCACGCUGUCAAUAGGCCACACCCCCAUCCGUCGCAGUCAUGCAUGCAUCCGGACAUCUGAAGACGUGUGACGUUUAAAGGGACUUGUGGGAAAACGGAGCUCGGAAGCCUCUCAGCGGGACUUAAAUACCGAAGGCGCGCGGAGCUAGGAAUACAGCAAUGGCGAGCACUCAGACUAGUCUGAAAACCGCUUUCAAAGACUUGACCUCAUUCAAGGGCAGUAUGAAAAGGUUGUACAGGGAGAGGCUAGAGGAUGCACCCAUUAAGAAGAGAGUGAUGGCAGAGAUUAAUCUGAAGAGGAGAAGCCUGGAAUCAACACCCAAGGUCAAGCGGGAGCACAUAGAGGAGUGUCACGGUGACUCGGACGUGGCAGGCAAUGGGGGAGGGAGGCGGCAGUUGCUUGUGGCUAGUGGAGCCAAGGCUCUGGACCUGAGCCCGGGACUCAAACACACGCUGGCCCAGUUCACGCUCAGCAGUCAGAGCUCGCUGGGUGGGCCCGCUGCCUUCUCUGCCCGUGGCACUCAGGAGCACGCCAGCUCCCCAGGGUCACUCUCGUCGCUGACCUCGCCGCCCGUGCUGGGGGGCGGCCCAUUGCUGGUGCCAUGCGACAGCUCCACGGAACUUACACACUCACUGCUGGAGGGCGAGUCCAUCUCCUGUUUCGUGGUGGGGGGAGAAAAGCGCCUUUGCCUCCCCCAAGUGCUCAACUCGGUACUGCGCGACUUUUCGCUGCAGCAGAUCAAUGCAGUGUGCGACGAGCUCUAUGUCUACUGCUCCCGCUGCAACGCCGAGCAGCUACACGUGCUUAAGGUGCUGGGGAUUCUGCCGUUCAACGCACCAUCCUGUGGCCUCAUAACCCUGACUGACGCCCAGCGCCUCUGCAACGCCCUGCUGCGUCCCGGCCGCGCCCUCGCGGCAGAACCCACCCAGGGCCUCCUGAAAGAGGGCGGGACUAGCUUCCAGGUGGAGCACCAGUGCUUGGGCAAGGGCCAGGGCCUGUUCGUGCCCCAAUUCUACACCCAGCCUGAGGCGCCAUGCAUCCAGUGUAUAGAGUGCCAGCUGAUGUUCUCCCCGGAGAAGUUUGUGCUGCACUCACACAAGUCGCCCGACAAGAGGACCUGCCACUGGGGAUUCGACUCUGCAAAGUGGCCUUACUACCUGCAGCUGGCCCGAAAGUACCUGGGCACCGCGGAGGAGGCCUCCCUCAAGCAGUUGUUGGAUGAGAUGAAGGAGAGGUUCCACUACCCGCUGAAGACGGUGCUGGACAAGAAGGCUCCGGAGGAGGAUGGUCAGGUGAGGAGAGCGACCUCUGACCUCUGCCCCCCCAGCGGCAAGCUGCCACACGCCGACCCUGCUGGGAAGAUUAAAACCCAGCCCGCCCUGGUGUUCAACCACUUGUACCCCAGCAUCAAGGAGGAGCCUUGUCACACACCCAUCGUUCAGCCCAGUUACUACCUGUACACCUACGAUAAAGUGGUGGCCCCCAAUGUGUCCCUCGCCCACCCCCACCCCUUGAGGAAGGAGGGGGAGCUUGUCGCCGACGGGGUAGGGGCCCUGCUCAAACACCACUACGGAGAGGCGCGGCCCCCACCCGGCGCAGAAGCUCCAGCCCCGGGCUCCGGCGAGGCGCGGAAAUCUCACGGCGCCGCCGAGCACGAGGGCAGGAACGGACCCCAGCCGGUCGCCCCGGAAACGCCCGCGCCGGGCAAGGAUGGCGGCGUGGAGGACGACAAGGACAGGAUCGUGGUGGAGAUCAUACAGAUGUACACCCGGCAGCAGGAGAAGCUGAACUCCACCCUCCAGAAGCAGAGGCAACUGGAGCUGGAGCUGGAGGCGUUGCGCGGGGGUGAGGUGGCCCGGCUGCGCGAGCUGUCCGCCGAGCGCUACGAGCUGCAGAGCGAGCUGGAGGCUGCGCACAGCGAGCACGCCCGCCGCAUGGGAGAGGCGCGGCAGGAGCAGCGGCAUCUGGAGCAGCGGCUGGAGAGGCUGAGGCAGCAGCCCUGCGCGUGUGAACUCAGCACACAGGGCCAGCAGGAGGCCCGCUACGCAGCACAGCUGCUGGAGCUGCAGCAAAGGCUGGAGCGGGCGGAGGCGGACCGCCAGGAGCUGCAGGAGGCGCUACAGCGGGAGAGGGAGGCGCGGGAGGCACUCGAGUGCGUCAUCACCCAGCUCCGGCAGCAGAUGGCCGAGUCCGCCGCCCCCCUGAAGCCGGCGGACCCCCCUGCCAAGGAGGUAACCCCCAGGCAGAGCUAGACGGCGACGAGGAGGGACACAAACGCCAGUCAUUUCACUCUUACUUCUGCCUCCCGGUUCCUUCCUCUUAUCGGCAUAAAUGUGGGACUCCUUUUUACUCAUCCUGUCCUCCCACAGCAGUAUUUAAGCCCCCCCCCCAACCCUGCUGUCAGUGUUUUUGUUCACUUCUCAAAGUACUCGAAGGAGGGGCUUUUGGUGGACCCACGUGCCCCCCCCCUCCCAGCCUCCAGGAUUCCUGGUUCUGAUUCUGUGACACCUGGCUGAACACCAAGAGCUUUGGCGACCUUCGCUUCUUCCCGCCCGCCCACCCCGUGUACAUACAGACUCUAAACCAGCGGCAGCAGAACUGCAAAGCAUGGAUGUUUUUUUUAUUUCUAUUUUUUUUUUUUUGUAAAAGUAAAAGGAGAAACUGAUAUAAAAUCGUACAUAAUUAUGGAAAUCGGUAUGGCGAAGAAAAUGUGUGAUGGCGAGACUGAACAAAAGGAAGCGGGUGGCUCUGUGGAAGGUUGCAUGUCCCAGCAGGUUCCGGAAGAAGUGCACCCUCCGGUCCAUGCAGUACCUAGGAAUGUGAUCAAAGUCCACAUAGGCAGUCUGAUAUCAACACGCUUUUUCUUUCCCUUGUGUUUUUUUUGUUUUUUUUUUACCAGUAGGAGGGAUCCACUGGGUCAUAGUGGGAUUCUCAUCAAAGACUUAACCGGGCUCUUGUCAGCCAAGUGGUGGCGAUGUCAGCCUAAGAUGGGAGAUAUGUUGUUGGAUGCUAGUCUCCUUGUUUUACAGGUGCAAUUUUUCUCACACUUUCAUGAAAGUCGGACUGUCUUGUUAAGCUUGAAGUCUCUCGAAGGCCUUUCUGUGUUUCCGGAGUAAUUUUGGCUUUUGAACAUUACGGAGAGAGCGAGUACAUGAGCCGUCAGUGAUUCCCCCAACGAGCUAAUUCACUGCUGUGAUCAGAAUGAUUAUGCGGGUGUUUAUUUUGCUUGCAGAGCUUUCCUAGUUCCCCCCCCCCCCCCACAGCACAGGAGUGGAUCUGUGAGAUUGAGGUGAAAAGCAGCAUGUAUGUGACAUGAGAUCCCAGAGCAGUCUGGCUGGGGGGCGGAAACAUGAUCUGCGGGCAGUAAGCAGCUGGAAGCCCACGGUGGCCCACAUUUGUGUCCAGGGAGCUGAGAUGCCGCAGACUGGCGCCUUGACAUGACGUCCUCUGGGGCCCUGGGCUUUGUUGGACGUGCCAAGUCGUACCGGGAAUGAGUUGGUGACACACCCACUGGAACGCGCGGCCUGGGCCGGACAGACCUAUCAGUUCUGAGGCCCCGAUUGUUGGGCUCCGUAGUGGCACCGGUGCGGUCCGUGCGUGUUGUUAUUUCAUCCUGUUAUGAAAAAUGUGCAUCAGGAAUGGAACGACUUGGCUGAAGUGUGGUCCCAGUCCCCGGGUGAGGUGUCUCUGCUUACUGGACAGUUCUGGCGUUCGGAAGCGCGUCGCUCAAUUAGGGGGAGUGGUCCUCCACCAGGUGACUUGCGCUGCAGGCGUGUGAGGUGAUGAUGAGGAGGGCUUGCAUGUGCUCGGAGCCCCCGUCUCCCUGCACCCCAGACAGCCAGCAGCUGGCAGGUUUACAUCGAGCAGCACGCAAGCGCUGGGUGCGGACAGACGAGUGGGAAGGUGCGGCGUCGCAGUGUCAGGUGUCGAAAGAUGCCGAAAGCCAGACCGCAACAAGUUAGCAGACGUGCUCAGCACACACUGCAAAUGCAUGUAAAAAACUAACCAUUCCAUUACACAGAUCCCCCCCCCUACCACCUCCCUAGUCUCAAUCCUGCUGUUCACACUAUACUUUUUUGUAACUUAUCCCCAAACACUAGAUCCCUGCCUUUUCCUCAUAGACUAAACGCAGCAGCCGAUAAUCAUUUCCGCAAUCUUCAGUACAUUUCAACAAUGAUGCAAGCGUGUGCUAUGGAGUUGUUCUGAUGUUUGAACUUUUCUUAAAAUUAUACUAAAAUUAUUUAAUGUAUUAACUAAAAGAUUUAUAUUCACUUUGUAUAUACAGUAGUCUAAUAUAUUUAAACUGUUAUUACAAAUUAUCUUUGAAAAGGUUAUAUAGAUAGGAAACGUCACAGGGCUACGAAGUCUAAAUAUUUUGCUUUUCAUAAAGUCAUUCAUUACAUUUUUGUUUGUUUUGUGGUUUUGCAAACCUCUGAAAGGUGAAUCGUUUGUGUGGGAGGUGUUUUUGCAUGGAUUAGCAAAAGAAUGUUGCUUGGAUGCAUUUUUUACUUAGAAAAUUUUUAUUAAAGUAGAUGACGGCUCAGUAGACGAUACUGCAGACUGAAUGUGUGAGAGAGGCAUUCGACUUACCUAUUUUGUACACUACCCCGCAGACAUUCAGUACGUCUCCUUUUAAUAUUAAAACUUACAAACGAGCUUUGCACGUACCGGUAACUAAUGUAUUUGUAUAUGUUACUUUAUGGGGUUCACACGAGAGCUUGUUUCAAGAAGUUAUAAAAAAAAAAAAAGUUCAUUUAUCUCUUUUUUCCAAAUAGCUAUGCUGAGGAGUGGGUCUUUCUAAAAUGUAAAGCAAGACACGGAAUGCUCUAUUAGUGUAUCGGUGCGUUAGCGCCCUCCGCGCCUGCUGGAAUUACCCGCACUGCACGUGGAGUGAACAGCAGCGCCGCACUGGCUUAAACAGCGACACCCAGUGGUGCGACCGCCUGACUCUGGAAGUCCGUUGGCUCCCUCGCAUCUUAGAGAGACGUUACCAAAACGAACCAUUUUGUGGAGUCACUUGCAAUUAUUAUACGAAAUUAUGUUAUGAGGGGAAAGUCUAUUAUGUGAAUACUGUAAAAUUACUACAUUUUGUUUACAACAUUUAAGAUUAAUCAGUAUUAGAUACCCUCUCGACAAUUACCUCUGUACCAGUUAGUUAAGUGCUGUUUUUUUAUUUUUACGUAGUGUAGGAUAUUUGCAUUCUUAUUUCUGACUUUUAUGUACUGGUCGAAUAGUAAAUAGCAUUUUAUACACAAGAUACGCUAUAUAUUACUUUGUCUGUAAACGGCAUAAAUGCAAACAGGAAAGAUUUUCCCGCUUUUGAUAUUCAUGGAACGGUCUACGAUCGGUUCCCGCUCCAACCCUCUCAAGCCCUUGCAUUACAGCAGUGUUAUGAGAAAAUACAUGGCUGUGAAUUGUGUACAUAUUUAAUUACAUGUUUAAUGACCGCAUUCAGUACAGUUCAGGCCUGCCACUGUAAGCAGACUUUUUACGCCGACUAAAAAUAGUACGGUGCCAGCACUCGAUUUUUUUUUAUGUAAUUUAUGAAACAUUUGAAAAUGUCACAUUUGCGACGCUCUGCGUGUCGCAGUUUGAUCAAAGGGUGUUGGUACUAAACCCUUAACAGUCGCCCUACGCGAAGCCUUCUUUCGCGUAUGAAUUAUUUUGUACAUGCUAUAUUUUACUAUUGUCGUUUGACACAUGGAUGAAUAUCUGCUUACUCGGGCUCAGGCUGUUUGUCGUCAUUAUAGUUGCCACACAAGAUUUAAGAGAAAACAAUCUAUUACUCUUUAUGGCUUUGUAAACUUAAAAAAAAUAUAUAUAUUUACUAUUCUAAAACACGAAACGCAGUGUCUGUAUGUGACCAUUGCAUACAAUGUUGCCAAUUCUAUAAAAUGUGAUGAAACAUUUUGUUUUUGCAUUGCAUGAAACGAGACACUGUUCUCCUACCUCACGUUGUGAUAUAAAAGGGUUUUAUAAGCAGACGACGCUGCACCUCUAACAGUUUAUCAUAAUUGAUAUUUACUAGCGAUGCAAUCUGUACAUGCUUUAGCUAAGACCUCAGUUGUAUGUCGUGUUAUUUUGUUUCCCUCUCCUUCCCGGUUUUCAGCUCUUGUAAAUAUACCCGGAAAAUAUAGAAAAUGUACUUGGAUAAAAUUCAAGUAAAGCUCUGUAGUGUCGAAA